AUGGACUCUAUGAGAAGCAAAUCUCCAGCCAUACAGCUCGAUCAUCCUCCAGAGCUGGAAUGUGACCGGAGUUCCCAGCACAGUGUCAUCCACCUACCAUCCCUGCUCGACCAAUCACUGCCUGUACACUGAGGUCAUGUGACCGCCGGCUCCCACCUAUGGCAGACAAGUGGGAGAGUGACGCUAGUGGCGGCGGGCAGGGUUUAAUCUGCAGGCGACUCCUCUUGUCCUUCAGAUAUUUGGUGUGGAGCUGGCAGUUGUGCAUAUAGGUUCGGCGCUCACCUGGGUCCAUCUGUCAUGAGCGCCCCGUACACCCUGGGCAAGGCUAUCGGGAAGCCGCAGCCCAAUGGAGACAUGAGGAAGCAGCCCAUCCCUGUCAAUCUCAAUGAAUCAUUCGGGGAAGAAAUAAAUGCAUUUUUAAUUGAUGAGAAAGAACUUCACUCAUAUGAUGACCUUACCAAAGUAAACCCUGUGACCACUAAAACAGUAUUGAAAUGUCUUCAAGCAAGAUAUGCAGCUGACCUGUUCUAUACCAAUGCUGGGUGUACAGUUAUUGCAGUAAAUCCUUUUCAACCAGUAAAUAAAUUGUACAGUAAUGAAGUCAUGAAGCAGUACCACAGUGCACCCCAGCCUCAGAACUAUAAACCACACAUCUUCACAGUUGCCGAACAAGCCUACAGAAAUGUACAGUGCCAGCUUCACCCAGUAAACCAAUCUAUAAUUGUCAGUGGGGAAAGCGGGGCUGGAAAGACAUGGACCACACGCUGCCUAAUGAAGUUUUAUGCUACAGUUGCUGCUAGUAAUUCACAGUGGUCCAGUCAGACAGUGGAGAGAAUAGAAAGCAGAGUUCUGUAUUCCAAUCCCCUUAUGGAAGCAUUUGGUAAUGCGUGCACUUUAAGGAACAACAACAGCAGUCGAUUUGGGAAAUACAUUCAACUACAGUUAAGCAGAACUCAACAGAUCACAGGUGCAUCUAUCCAGACUUACCUCCUAGAGAAGACACGUGUAGCUCAUCAGGCUCCUUCAGAGAGGAACUUUCAUGUAUUUUAUCAGGUUUUUAAAGGUGCUUCUCCAAAUGAAAGAGAAGAAUGGGAUCUCCCAGAAACUGCACAGUUCUGCUGGCUCCCUAAUUCUGAUAAGAACCUUGAGGAGGAUUGCUUUGAAGUCACUAAAGAUGCAAUGGCACAUUUGGGCAUUGAUUCAUCAACACAGAGUAACAUAUUCAAGAUUUUAUCAGGUCUUCUGCAUCUGGGAAAUGUCAGUUUCUGUGCUUCUCUGGAUGAAAGCCAACCAUGUGAAGUUUUAAGCAAUGCUAAAGAGUUUAUUGACUCCACUUCAAAUCUGCUGAAGAUUCCUGCUGAGCACCUGCUGGACAGGCUGUGCUACCGAACUAUAACAGCAGGAAAACAGCAAGCAUUAAAGAAGCCCUGUAAAAAGGCAGAGUGCUUCUCACGAAGGGAUUGUCUGGCCAAAUCUAUCUAUGCCAGAUUAUUUGACUGGCUGGUGACUGUGAUAAACGAAAGCAUUUGUGCCAAGUCAACUAUAUGGAGCAAUUUUAUUGGUUUAUUGGAUGUUUAUGGAUUUGAAUCUUUCCCGCAAAACAACUUGGAACAAUUGUGCAUAAACUAUGCCAAUGAGAAACUUCAGCAGCAUUUUGUAACCCACUACCUUAAAGUUCAACAGGAUGAGUAUGCAGCAGAAGGGCUGGAAUGGUCCUUUAUAAGUUAUCAGGACAACCAAGACUGCGUAGAUCUUAUAGAAGGAAGUCCAGUUAGUAUAUUCUCUUUUCUUAAUGAGGAAUGCCGUUUGAAUCGCUCUUCAGAUGCCAGCCAGUUGCAGUCUCGGUUUGAAAAAUCCCUUUCGCACAACAAGUGUUUUGGAUGGGAUAAAUUCAGUGGAAAGCCUAACUUUAUUGUAUCUCACUAUGCUGGGAAAGUGACAUACCAGAUUGAAGACCUGGUGGAAAAAAACAAGGAUCCUGUUCCCCCAGAACUUAUCCAGCUUCUGCAGGAGUCCACUGACAACUUGCUUCGAGAGCUAUUUCCAUCGGAAAACGGUAAACCAUCUGAUGUGGCCACAUACAGUAGGACAUCACCUACAACAGUAGUCUCUAAAUUUAAGGGAUCGCUUGAAAGUUUAAUGCACAUUUUGCACAAUACAACCCCACACUAUAUCCGAUGCAUUAAGCCAAAUAUGGGCUGCAGAGCAAUGGAGUUUCGAAAGGAAGAGGUUCUUAGUCAGCUAGAAGCUUGUGGAAUUGUGGAAACUAUUAACAUAAGUGCAGCAGGCUUUCCUAUAAGGAUUUCUUUCCAAAGCUUUGUGGAGCGCUACGGUUUGAUUGCACCCAGUCAACAAAGUAUAGAAAUGCAGAACCACCUAAAUGGCCUUUCACCUGCUAAGAAAAGGCGAGGUCCUGAUUUAGAGGAGGGGAGCAACGAAUUGCAACUUACAUCACAAAAGAUACUGCAAGCUGCUUUGCCAAAAUUGUAUGUAGAUGCUACAUCAACCAACACGCUAGCCCACUGUGGUACCACAAAAGUGUUCCUCACACACUCAGUGAUAGACGUACUUGAAAAGCAAAGGGAGCAGGCUUUCUCCCAGAGAGCAUUCUGUAUUCAGUGCUGCUGGAGAAGAUACAGACAAAGGAAGCUGGCAAGGCAAAGGCGGGCAGCUACAGCUAUUCAAGCAGUUGUCAGGGGCUGGCUUACAAGGAAACACAUUGAAAGAAUGCUCCAGGCUGUAGCUGUCAUUAAAAGGGCAUGGAAGAAAUGGAAGGAAAAACUGGAAGCCAUCGCGGCGGUUGAGCUGGAUGAUACUUCAGAGAUGGAAUACACACAGUCAUCACCAGGGUCUCCAAUUAAAGUUCUCAAUGCCUCAAGAACAAAUGCUAUACAAGAUAGCCCAUUGAGCAGCAAUGAAGUCUUUCAGUCCUGGAUUCUUGGUUUUGUGUUGUCUCGUGCUCCACCCAUCAGGAAGACUGUGAUGGCUGAUGGCUUUCACAGACAUCUGUAUCUCCUGGCAUGCUUAAAUGUGCUGUGCAGAAAUAACGGGUACAAGGCAGAAGUAAAUCGAUCAGAGUAUGGCAUAACAUCCAUCCGAGCAUUACCUCAGAGAGCCGUCAAGUUCCACUGCAAGAGGUCACCACUACAUUUUGCCAAUAUAUGUCCUGAGACAUUUAGCUGUGGUAUAUCAGGAUUUAAUGAGAUCUUGCUGGAAGAAGUCAAAUGA